AUGGCCCCCAUCAACGCCAAUAACCCAGUCAUCGAUGACGAUGGCAGCAAAGGAAAGGACGUCGAACCUCAGUUCUUUGAGGAUGAAAACCCCGAGAAGCCAAUUCCCAAGACCGACGGCAGGAUCGACUACUCAGGUGCCCAUGAGAAGACCGAUCCGAAGGAAAUCGCACUUGUGAAGAAGCUGGACAGAUGGAUCAUGCCAAUGCUUUGGUCCAUGUACUGGCUAAACUAUCUGGACCGAAACGCCAUUGCUCUGGCGCGUCUGAAUGAUCUUGAAGAAGACUUGAACCUCAGCAGCACGCAAUACCAGACUUGCGUGUCCAUUCUGUUUGUCGGUUACAUCUUGGGCCAAAUCCCAUCGAACAUGUUCCUUACUCGAACGCGACCCAGCCGAUACAUGGGAAUCAUGAUGAUGCUCUGGGCCGUUGUCAGCGCCCUGACUGCUGUGUCCAAGGACUUCACAGGCUUGCUUUUGACACGUUUUUUUCUUGGAGUCACUGAAGCUCCGUACUAUCCAGGCGCGGUUUAUCUGCUCUCCCUCUUCUACACCCGUAAAGAGGUCGCAACACGCAUCGCUAUUCUGUACACGGGCAACAUUCUAGCAACGGCAUUUGCUGGUCUGAUUGCUGCUGGUAUCUUCUACGGCAUGGACGGCGCUGGCGGGCUUGCCGGUUGGAAGUGGCUCUUCAUCCUCCAGGGUGCCGUGACCUUCGUCAUCGCCGUGGUCGGAUACUUCCUGCUGCCCGACUUCCCCCAGAAUACGAGGUGGUUGACGCAGGAAGAGCGUGACCUCGCCUACAACCGCAUGGAGCUCGACACCGUCGGCAACAAGGGCGAGACUAGCACGUGGAACGGUCUCAAGCAGGCGGCCAAGGACCCCAUGGUCUGGAUCUUCUGUGCUAUGGCUCACAUGCAUCUUGCGGCCAACGGUUUCAAGAACUUCUUCCCUACCGUUGUUGAGACGCUUGGCUUCGACACCACCAUCACUCUUGUUCUGACCUGCCCGCCCUACCUGGUCGCCGGUGCUGUCACGAUCGCGGUGUCUUGGUCUUCCGGAAAGUUCAACGAAAGAACCUGGCACAUCACUGCCUCGAAAACCGUUGCGGUAAUUGGGUUCAUCAUUGCGCCAAUUACGAUGAGUGUCGCCGGGAGAUAUGUCGCGAUGUGCAUUUUCACCAUCGGAACCUAUGGUGUGAACUCUUUGAUCCUCGGAUGGUGCGGCAGUGUUUGCGGCCAGACCAAGGAAAAGAAGGCCGUCGCCAUCAGUAUGGUAACCAUGAUCAUGAACAUCAGCUUCAUCUGGACGCCCUACCUCUGGCCCAAGAGCGACGAGCCGCGAUACGUCAUCGCCAUGGCUAGCUCUGCGGCAUUCAGUAUCGCGACCGCCGCCCUGGCAUGGUUGGCCAAGAUUAUCAUGAUGCGCCGCAACAAGAAGCUGCGGGCCAGCGACAACGAGACUUCCGUCUUCUACGUGUACUAA